UACUCUGUUUUGCUUCCCAAGAAAACCAUAGUACUGAACUACAAAACCCAAACUUUCUCUUUCUUGCAGGGGAAAAAGAAAAAUCCCCAUGGAAGAAAAACCUAAACAGGACGCAAAGAUCGAUAUGGCAGAGCCCACAUUCCCUUUAGAUUUCAACGAAUCUCUUCAAAACCAAAAGACGCCAUUCUUCAAUUCCAGCUCUCGUAGAAGAAGAAAUGACACAUGGGUAAUUUCCAUCUUUGUUAUCUUCCAUCUGAUAGCGUUCGUGGCCACCAUGAUCGUCAACGACUGUUGGAGUAACUCUCAUGGAGAUUGCACUGUGAAAACUCUACGGAGGAUGUCGUUCCAGCCACUCUCCGAGAACCCACUGCUCGGUCCCUCUGCUUCCACGCUCGAUAAAGUGGGGGCUCUUCGCAAGACAUUGUUAGUGGAACAUCAAACUUGGCAUCUUCUCUCAUGUCCAUGGUUGCAUUCGGGGCUCAUCCACCUUAUCAUCAACCUUAUAGGUGUUAUCUUCUUAGGAAUUUACCUAGAGCAAGAAUUUGGGCCAUUAAGGACUGGGAUAAUCUACAUUUUUUCUGGUUUUUUUGGCACCUUGGUGACUGCACUUUUUGUUCGAGAUAGCCCAGCAGUUAGUUCCUCUGGUGCUCAAUUUGGAUUACUUGGGGCUACACUUUCUGCACUUAUAAGGAACUGGAAACUUUACUCUAAUAAGGUUGCAGCUCUGCUGAUACUUUUUGCUGUCUUUGCCUGUAACAUCAUGCUUGGUUUACUACCUUAUGUCAGCAACUAUUCAAACAUUGGAGGUCUUAUAUCAGGAUUUCUACUUGGACUUGCACUUUUAUCUACCCCUCAACUUAGGCAAUUGGCUCCAAAUAAAUCAGGCUUUUAUGACAAGGGUGUCAAAAAUUUCUUUAACUCAAAGCAGAAGCUGGACAGGCCUGUGCUGAGGAGUGUUUCUCUUCUUAUUUUUGCUUUUCUGCUGUUAGUAUUUCUUGUGGUAGCACUCUUGGGCUUCAAUAUCAGCCAAUAUUGCCAGUGGUGCAGAUAUUUUGACUGCAUUCCUUCCAAAAGGUGGAACUGCAAUGACAUGACAACUUCUUGUGAGGAACCUUUGGUCAAUUAUAAACUGCAGUCUUAUUUGUUGGUGACUACUGUGUUUUGCAAUGUCAUGCUAAAAAUGAAAUGUUAAGUGCAGACCAUGUUAAGUGAUACACAGUCAACUUUGACCUGCAUGGGUAACGGCAACUUCAGAAUUUUUCCUUUUACCAACAUUUCACAAGAGAGGACCAGGGAUUUGUGCACUCUUAUAUGCUCCUGAAAACAUGCAAUAUUUUUGGCUGCUUUCUGUACUUGAUUUUCUUUUAUUUUGGUAAAUUCUGUAGUAAGGCAAAGCAAGGCAAGGGGUCACUUUGUGAUACGGUGUAAAGAGCUUGUGAACUUGAAUGCAGAAUUGACAUUAUUGAUGAGAAAUAUAUUGGACCUUAAAUGAA